AUGUCAGCUAGCAGUUGUAAUUUCAAGGACCGGUGUGUGUCCAUCCUGUGUUGCAAGUUCUGUAAACAAGUUCUCAGCUCUAGGGGAAUGAAGGCGGUUUUGCUGGCUGAUACUGAAAUAGACCUUUUCUCUACAGACAUCCCUCCUACCAAUGCAGUGGACUUCAUUGGAAGAUGCUAUUUCACUGACAUCUGCAAAUGUAAACUGAAGGACGUGGCAUGUUUAAAAUGUGGGAACAUUGUAGGCUAUCAUGUGAUUGUUCCAUGUAGCUCCUGCCUUCUCUCCUGUAACAACGGACACUUCUGGAUGUUUCACAGCCAAGCAGUUUAUGGUAUUAACAGACUAGACCCUACUGGUGUAAACGUCCUACUCUGGGGCAAUUUGCCAGAGGUAGAAGAGAAUAUAGAUGAAGAUAUUCUAGAUGUCUCUGAAGAAGAGUGCAUUAGAUGA